AUGAAGUUCAAUCAACAAUUGGUGAUUCUUUUCGUUAUUUUCUCGGUCUUUGCAACAUUUGCUUGUGCUCAGAUUCCAGCUCGUUCCACGGUAACAGCACCUGAAAUAGCACAAUCAACAGGAGCAUCAUCGUCAUCACCAGCGGCAACACAACAAGCACCUGGAACAGAUACUCAAUCGACGUCACCAUCAACAAUACCAACUAAUAGUAGUGCCUCAUCUACUAAUAAACAAGUUGGAUUUGUUAUGAUUGUUGUCAGUUUCAUUAGUAUUAACGCUUUAUUAUUUUUCUAA